AUGCCGAGCUUCGGUCGCAUUGGGAGGCACAACAACCGCUCGCAACAAGCACUUGUCGAGCCGGUUGGCGGUGCCCCUUCAGCAGGCAACUCACCUACGCCAUUAUCUGCUGUGCCCGCCGCGCUGUCGGGUGCUGGUGGUCAAGUUCCCCUUCCUCCUUCAGGCCACUCUCAGUCUCACCCUCAAGGCCAAGGUCACGGCCACGGUCUCUCAAUCUCCCACUCGCUGGCUCCUGCGCCCGCGCCUACCUCUUCGUCGACCACCACCACCACCACCAACACCACCACUACUGGCGGCGCUAAUAACCCAAUUACCCCCCAUUCAGCCUCGUCGACCGCCUUCAGCUCCAUCGAGUCCUUUGACACCCAACACCAGCAGCAACACCAGCAGCAACAAUUCCAAAAUCUUCAACACCAGCAGCAUCAGCAAGGGCAGCAAGGGCCUCCUCCACCGCCCCACGAUUAUCCUGCCUCUGCCUCGCCCGCCGCAGCUGCUGCCUCACGCAACUCCCUCCUCUUGCAGCACAACCCACUGCCGCCCGCCGAUUCGCGCCAGAGGGGCCCAGGUCAGCAGCAGGAAUUCGCCGACUCCGUCUCCCGCUCCCAAUCCCAGCGCUAUCCGCCGGCCGUAGCCCCCUACCCCAACACCCAAUACGGCGCAGCCUCCAGCUCCGUCGACAACCUCAGGGCAUCCCUCAACAACACCUCGACUGCAACCGCCCAAUCUCAGGCAACUUCUCCUACUCCCCAGCCUGCACCCCAGCCCGAGAAGCGCUCUGCACGGAGGUUGCUCAAGAACAUUCUGGGAGCGGGCCGAGAUCAUCACAACACCCCGCCUCCUUCCCAGCAGCCUACCCCGCCAGGCUCCUACGAUAACACUGGUGGCCUCGCUCGCCGACCGUCAAAGAGAGUGAGCAAUCCACCACCCGCGAGAACCGCAUUAUCCCAGCAGCCUUCCCAGCUGUCGCUCGAUCAGCAGUCGGCAGACUGGCCGUUGCCCGCGCUAAAUCAGCAACCCUCCCCGCUACAAGGCGUCGGCGAGAUCGAGGACCAACACCGCUUUGCACAAGAUCCUAACAGAGACCAUCGUCUGCAGACCCCCGAUUCCCACCGCAAUUCCAUUCGUUACGUUCCCAGCGAUUUAGACAAUACCCCUUACGAAGACCCUGCAUAUCUCCAGCAGCAGCAACAGCAGCUGCACGCUUUGCAAGACCAACACCAGCACGCCCAGCAGUCUGCUUACGACCCCUCCCAACACCAGUACCAGCAAUACUCCCAGCAGCAGGCUGGUCAAUACCAAGGCGGACCGUCUCCCAUUCACACUGGCCACCUGGGUACCGGUUCUCACCAAAAUCCCGAGACCGUUUCUCAGUUGUCGCAUGAAUCACCGGUUACUGAUUCAGACGCUCGCUCGGCAAACGUCCAGUCCGCACAAACCUCCCCCGCAGUAAGAUACGCCGUGCAGACCACCGACAACCCGCUGCCUCCUACACUCCCACCCGCCCAAAGCAGCUCUCAGCCUCAGCAGCAAAAUAUGACGCCCCCUGCUGGAGGUCCCCCUCCGCGAUCCGAACGACGACCCCAAGCAGAGACGGAGAAGACGUUGCGAAGUCAGGUCGACGCACCCGGUGGGCCCCCGCCGGGCUACAGACAGAGUCAGACUAUGCCUACCACUGGUGCCGCUACUGCGAACCCGGCCUUCCGUACGGGUAGCGCUCAAGAAGGCCGCCAGUUCGAGGGGUCUGGGGGAGAGCAAGGUCGCAACAGCCCUCAGCCGUCGAACCCUGACCGCGACGGCACCGAUCCUGACAAGUUCAAGGAGCUACUCACCAAGUACAAGAACGUUAAGCGCCUUUACUUCGAUGGCAAGACACAGAUCGACAACCUGAACUCCCAGAUCGAGCAACUGCAGAAUGCCGUUGCGAACCAGCGAAUGUCACAGUCCCGCACCGCUCUCGAUGAUAGCGAGUACAUCACCAGGUUCAACCGUCUCAACGGCGCCAUCAACAACCUGUCAUUCAACAUUCGCAAAGAUUGGCGCACAGUGCCGCAAUGGCUGGACAUGUACGUGAGCAUCGACGCUCUGAAGACCGGGAAGCAAGAGAUGACGGCGGUCGGUCGUGCUGUCAUCACGAGGUGGAUUGUAGAAGAGAUCUUCAACAAGUGCUUCCACCCGGGUCUCAACUUCGACCUCAGCCGGCAGUUGAAGGAUAUUGAGCUCAAUAUCCGGCGGUUCUCAUACACGAUGAACAGCCAAGAGGAGUUCGACGCCUUGACGAAUAAGGUCGUAAGCUGGCGUAUGGCAACCCUGGAGGGUCUUCAGAGGGCUUUGAACUCCCCUGAGAGCGCAGACAACAGAGCAGACUUCACCCGCAUGUGCACGUCAAACCUCACGGCAACGCUGUUCCAGUACAUGACAGAUCCGCCGCCGCCUGGUGUAGAUGGCAGCGCGUCCAUGAUCGUGGAGUUGGCAGUAGGCAUCGCCGCCAACCUGCCGCUGGAGAGCAGAGACGUGGCCAUUACCUACCCGCUGCCUGGAGAUCCCAUCAACCCCAACAUUAUGGAGGUAGAGAAGGCGCCUCUUCCGCCGCUGGAGACGCAAAAAGAAGGCGAGGAGGCCGCGGAUGAUUCUGACAAGGAUAAGAACGGCAAGGACCGGCGGGCGGACAAGACCAGAAGCGGUAUGUUCACAAACAUUCUCGGUGGCGGACCGCCUCGAAAGAGCAGCAACGCUUCAUCGAUCGUACCUUCAAGUACUGAUGCAGCCCCCCCUUCAGCGCUUCCACCCAAAGACAACAACAAGGUGCGGCUCGCCGGCUUCCCCGCAGUGGAAGUCCGGGGCCGUCAAGUGUUGGUGAAGGCGCCUGUCUGGACGCUCUGA